GCCCCGUCGCUGCGGCCAUUGUCCAGCCCCGGGGCGGCUAAGGAGGCUUAGGGCCUCACCUCCGCACAGCAGAAUUGGAGAGGACUGAGCCGGAGGCGGGGGCGAGAGGAGCCGGCCCAAACCUUGGGUGGGCCUGAGAUCGCAAAACCCGGAAACUCCAGGAGGCAGUGAUUCCGAGUGUGCGGGUCGGAGCGGCACCUCCCACGAGUUUGGCGCGUGUCUGCGGGGCCGCGCCCACCAUCCUGCGGGUGGGACUGGGCGUGGCCAGAGGAGGGUGUCCUGGACUAGUCUCUGUCUGGGAGCCGGGCCCGGCGAGGCAGGAAUGGCCUCGAGGCCGCCGACGGAGGCGCCCCAGGAAUCAGUGACAUUCAAGGAUGUGGCUGUGGACUUCACCCAGGAAGAAUGGCACCACAUGGCCCCUGCUCAGAGGCGCUUGUACCGGGAUGUGAUGCUGGAGAACUACAGCAACCUGGUUUCUCUUGGAUAUCAAGUUUCCAAGCCAGAGGUGAUCUUCAAAUUGGAGCAAGGAGAAGAGCCAUGGCUAUCAGAGGGAGAAAUCCAAAGAUCUGUCUGUCCAGACUGGAAGACCAGGCCUGUGGCCAAAUCAUCAAAUCUACAGCAGAGCACAUCUGAAGUAUCCCUGCACACAGAUGAUCUCUCAUGUGCUACAUUAGAAGAUGUGAGUAAUCAGUUAGAGAGGCACCAGGAAAACUGGAAGAGGUAUCUGGGGCCAGAUGUAUCCACCCAAAAGAAAAUAAUCACACCAGAGAAAACCUUGGAGCAUAAUAAAUUUGGUGAAAACUCUAGAUUGAACACAGACCUGGUUACACAACUGAACAUUCCUUCAAGGUCUAGUGAAUGUGAUACACUUGGAAUCAAUUUGGGACAUAAUUCAGACUUACUUAAUCAGAAUAAUAUCCUUGUAAAAAAGAAACCUUAUAAAUGUAAUAAAUGUAGAAAAGCUUUCAUUCAUAGAUCAUCACUUACUAAACAUGAGAAAACUCAUAAAGGAGAGGGAGCUUUUCCCAAUGGUACAGAUCAGGGAAUUUAUGCUGGAAAGAAACACCAUGAAUGUACUGACUGUGGGAAAACCUUCCUUUGGAAGACACAGCUUACUGAGCAUCAGAGAAUUCACACAGGGGAGAAACCCUUUGAAUGUAAUGUGUGUGGGAAAGCCUUCAGGCAUAGUUCGUCCCUUGGUCAGCAUGAGAAUGCACAUACCGGAGAGAAACCCUAUCAGUGUAGUCUCUGUGGGAAAGCCUUUCAGCGCAGCUCCUCCCUUGUUCAACACCAGAGAAUUCACACUGGAGAGAAACCCUAUCGAUGUAACUUAUGUGGGAGGUCUUUUAGGCAUGGCACGUCCCUCACUCAGCAUGAGGUCACACACAGUGGAGAGAAACCCUUUCAGUGUAAAGAAUGUGGGAAAGCCUUUAGUCGAUGUUCUUCCCUUGUCCAGCAUGAGAGGACUCAUACUGGAGAAAAACCUUUUGAAUGUAGCAUAUGUGGGAGGGCUUUUGGUCAGAGCCCAUCCCUUUAUAAACAUAUGAGGAUUCAUAAGAGAGGGAAACCUUACCAAAGCAAUAACUAUGGCAUAGACUUCAAGCACAGCUCAUCUCUUACUCAAGAAGAAAGCACUCUGACAGAAGUGAAAUCCUACCAUUGUGAUGACUGUGGGGAAGACUUCAGUCACUUUACAGACUUUUCUGACCAUCAGAAGAUCCAUACUGGACAGAGCCCCUAUGAUUGUGAGCAGACCUUCAGUCAACAAUCUAUUUCUCAUCCUGGAGAGAAACCCUAUCAGUGUAAUGUAUGUGGGAAAGCUUUCAAAAGGAGUACAAGUUUCAUAGAGCAUCACAGAAUUCAUACUGGAGAAAAACCCUAUGAAUGUAAUGAAUGUGGAGAAGCCUUCAGUCGACGCUCAUCACUUACUCAACAUGAGAGAACCCAUACAGGAGAGAAACCCUAUGAAUGUAUUGACUGUGGGAAAGCCUUCAGUCAGAGUUCAUCCCUCAUUCAGCAUGAGAGAACUCAUACUGGAGAAAAACCCUAUGAAUGUAAUCAAUGUGGGCGAGCCUUCCGAAAGAAAACCAAUCUGCAUGAUCAUCAGAGAAUUCAUACUGGAGAAAAACCCUAUACUUGUAAGGAAUGUGGGAAAAACUUCAGUCGAAGUUCAGCUCUCACUAAGCACCAGAGAAUUCAUAUGCGAAAUAAACUCUAAGAACCCUGGAAUUUUUUUUAAAAAUGUGCAGAAAGCUUUAGCUAAAAUAUUGUUCAUACUCAUUGUCAAAGGAUUCUUGCUGGAUAAAAAGCUUGAGAAUGUCA